AUGCUAUUUUGUGAGGCUCAGCCUGAGGGCCAUAUUUUCGAGACAUCCAACUCAAGAGUUUUCAGUUACGAAGAGCUAAAGACUGCUACUAGGAAUUUUCGGCAAGAAGGAUUACUUGGUGAGGAAAGCUUUGGAAAGGUUUUCAAGGGUUGGCUGGAUGAAAAGACUCUUGUACCUUCAAAUGCUGGCACUAGAAUGAUCAUUGCUGUCAAGAAAUGGAACCCAGAUAGCUUUCAAGGCCUUAAAGAAUGGCAGGCAGAGGUUGACUUCCUAGGAAGGCUUUCUCAUCCUAACAUUGUUAAGCUAUUGGGACACUGCUCAGAGGAUAAGCAGCUGCCCCUUGUCUAUGAAUUCAUGCCGAAAGGAUCCCUUGUCUAUGAAUUCAUGCCGAAAAGAAGCUUGGCGGAUCAUCUUUUCAGAAGAGCAGUACCGUCUUGGGACAACAGACUCAAAAUAGCUAUCGGAGUAGCUCGCGCCUUAUCUUUCUUACACAGUUUACAGAAACAAAUCAUCCUCAGAGAUUUCAAAGCCUCUAAUAUCUUGCUUGAUGAGAAUUACAAUGCAAAACUCUCAGGGUUUGGCUUGGCAAUGUUGGGGCCAAGUGAUGCAGAGUUAUAUGUAGAGACUGAAGUUAUGGGCACAUAUGGUUAUGCUGCUCCAGAGUACGUUGCAACAGGUUGUUUGUACGUGAAGAGCGAUGUGUAUAGCUUCGGUGUUGUGCUACUCGAAAUGCUGACAUGUUUAAAGGCCCUUGAUAUGAACCGUUCUUCUAACAAACAUAAUUUAGUCGAUUGGGCUAAACCACUUCUCUCUCAUAAAAGAACAUUAGAAACCCUCAUAGAUGCCAAGAUAAAGGGCCAAUAUUCCUCCCGGGUCCGGGCCUGCUCCCGGGAAGCAGUACAAAUAGCAAAGAUCAUCCAAAAAUGCCUAGUACCAGAUCCUGAAGAUCGUCCUUCAAUGAAGGAAGUUGUGGAUGCAUUGGAACAGAUUCAGGCAGUCGAGGAAAACUCAAAACAAACACAAAAUACCGCUACAGAAUCUAUUCCAAGCUCUCAAUCCUAA